AUGUCGAUCAAAACGCGGAUGGUUGAGUUAGGGCUGGAUGACAGGAGUCUUGCGAGGUGGAUUGACGUGGCGUUUAGCCUACAGGAGAUUGGCAGGGAGUAUCAGCCGGGCGGGACGGUGGCGCAUAUGGAUGUUUUCCACUGCGAGCCCUUGGACUUCUUGAAUGUGGGUAAAGAGGAGUGGUUGCGGCGGCUGGCGGGUUGGGAGGAGUUUGCAAGGGAGGAGAGCGAGUACUAUGAGGUUCCGGGCGAGCAUCACUCAGUUUUAGGAGUAGCACAUGUUCAGCGAUUCUUUGUUAGGCUGGUCGAGGCCCUGGCUGCACGUGGGCUUUAG